CGGCCCCGCCGGCUUACGCGCUUCUAUUCCCGGCUAAGCCAAGAGGAUGGCAUUCCCUGUGGAUUUGCUGGCUAACUGUACACAUGAGGAAUUGGAAAAUUCUGCUGAGGAUUACCUCUCCAACUUAAGGUGUGGGGACCCUGAAAAUCCAGAGCGUUUUUCUAUUCUCGAUAUUACGAUUCCUAUUAGCCUGUCAAAUGUGGGCUUUGUACCCCUUUAUGGUGGCAGUCAGACCCAGAAAGUCCUUGCUCUCUUUGCGCCUGAAGAUUCACUCACAGCUGUGGCACUUUACCUUGUUGAUCAAUGGUGGGCCGUUGAUGAUAUUGUGAAAACAUCUGAACCUUCUAGAGAAGGGCUGAAGCAGGUGAGCACUCUUGGAGAAAGAGUGGUUCUGUAUGUUCUCAAUCGAAUUAUUUAUAGAAAACAGGAAAUGGAGAGACAUGAGAUCCCAUUCCUGUGUCAUAGCAGUACUGACUAUGCUAAGAUUCUGUGGAAGAAAGGAGAGGCCAUUGGGUUUUAUUCAGUUAAGCCUACAGGAAGCUUAUGUGCCUCAUUUCUUACUCAGAAUUACCAACUGCCAGUUCUUGAUACAAUGUUUAUAAGAAAGAAAUAUAGAGGAAAAGAUUUGGGGCUUCACAUGCUGGAGGAUUUUGUUGAUUCCUUCACAGAAGAUGCUCUUGGCUUGAGAUAUCCACUGUCUUCUCUCAUGUACACAGCUUCCAAGCAAUACUUUGAAAAGUAUCCGGGAGAUCAUGAACUUCUUUGGGAAGUUGAAGGUGUGGGUCAUUGGCAUCAGCGGAUACCAGUCACCAGAGCAUUACAGAGAGAAGCAAUUAAAGUUACAGAGAUUUCUCAAUAUGAAGCCAAAAGACCUGUAUCUGUAGAAUAUGGUCUUGCUGCUGUACCAGAAUAUGAACCUGAAAUGGAAGACAGCCAAUCUAGUGAAAUGCAGAUCCAUUCCCUAAAAGAUGCCUUUGCUAGCACUUCUGAAGGUCUCGAAAAGACACCUGUUUCCACUCGCACGCGAAGCGGUCACCUAAAACGACCAAAGAUUGGAAAGCGGUUUCAGGAUUCUGAAUUUAAUAGUUCUCAAGGUGAAGAUGAAAACACUGCCCAGACUUCACCUAUCGCUCCAAUGAACAAACUAGAGUCCGCUGCACGUCCAUCAGAGAGCUCAGAAGAGUUCCUGGAAGAAGAACCGGAGCCUAGAGUGACCGAGUGUGAAGAUGGGAGCAGCGAUAAAGAUGCACCGCCUGCCCCAGACACUCAGCCACGCCUGGACAGAGAAGAUGUGGACAAAGACUCUGCAUUAGAGCCUGUGAAUGGUGAGGUAAUGGAUGAUGCCCUUAAGACCUCACUUGUAACUGAAGAGGAAGACUCCACCAGUGAAGGUCUUGAAGAAGAGUUAAAAGUUGCACCUUUUAAUUCCAGCGGAGAGACUGUGAAUCUUGUUCCACUGGUAGCAGAAUCUUCAAAAGCUCUUGAGGCUAUACCAGAGAAGACUUCACCUGUUACUGACUCAGAAAUGUUGCCAGAUCAAGGCCCAUCUGAUGAUAAAGGAUAUAUUACAGAAAAGCUGUCUCUAGUUUCAAAAAAGAAAACACAUUUGGGGAGCUCAGACAGUGUUGCCACUGUAUCAAAUGAAGAAAAGUCUGACAGUGAUUUUCCAAAUUCUGUAGCAGCAGAAUUUCCUGAGGAACCAGUCUCUGAGAAUUUAACACCCACCAUGACUUCCUCAUUGGAAGAUCAGGGUGAGGAAGGGGCACCUGAGGCCCAGGAGCCAUCUGCUGCUCAGAGUUCUCUGAUAGAAGUAGAACUUGAAGAUGUGCCCUUUCCACAGAAUGCAGGACAGAAGAACCAGUCAGAGGAGCAGUCAGAAGCGUCGUCUGAGCAGCUGGACCAGUUGGCACCGUCAGCAGAGAAAGCUGUGGACAGCAGCUCCGAGGAGAUAGAAGUGGAAGCACCUGUCGUAGACAGGCGCAGCCUGAGAAGAAAGGCCAAAGGGCAUAAAGGGCCUGGCAAGAAGAAAGCCAAGCUGGCCUAAAGGACAAAGAAACGCGGACGAUAAAUCCUCUUCUCUGUAACAUAGUUCUUGUUUUUAAAUCAUGGGAAUUGAUAAACAGCAUGGGGCAAAGGACAAAUUCCAAAAUUUCAUGAUGAACUUUUUUUUUCCCAUUCAUUUAUUUACUUUAUUUUAUUUAGUAUAGUGUGAAAGAGGGUAGAUGGGCUGGGAGGUUGAUAAAGAGCCUGUGGGUCAAGAGGAAGGGCUGUCUUCCCAGGCUGGAGUGAGGAAGAUUCUUUUGUGUGUGUGAUUUGUGCCUUGGGAAGGAGGGCCAGUCAGUCCAGAUGGGCUGGGGUGUAGUCUGUGGCCUUAUCAAGAAGAACCCAUCUUCUGGCCCUGACUUUGACCCUGGCCUCCCUCCUGAUUCCCUAGGGCGGUCAGGUAACCCUUGUAGAUCGUGCUGGGAGAUAUUUUUAGUGAAAGUAUUUCAUGGUUGCUGUAUGCUGAGAGCCCUUUCCGCUCCUUCCAUGAGCCUUCAGUUGGCCAUGAAGGUGUAGAUGGAGUCACACGCUGCUGGACCCCUCUUCCAGAUGCCUACUUUGAACUUCUUUACACAUGGAGGUUUUCUCUUCAGGACUAGGAUUCACCAUUCUU